GCUCUCUCUGCCUCCUGAUAUACGAAACCUACGGGGGCGAAGAAGCUGAAGCCGAGGCAAACGCCCGCUCGCUCCCGUUCGUUUCGUUUCGUUUCCAUCAGACGCGCGGCCGCAGCCGAGCGCGAGCGCGGAGGCCGCGAUCCGGCUCGCCUCCCCACCACCUCCCGUUCCGCUCCCUCCCCCCCAACCCCCGCAUGCUGCCUCCUCCCCGUCGCCUCCUCGCCGCCGCCGCCGUGUAGCUCCGUCCCCGACCAUGUCUGCCUAUUCCGACAAAGGGGAGGGGGAUUUGGAGAUUGGGUUGGCGUCGCCGGAGGCGGAGGGAGGGGGUCCUGGAGGGCCGGCGCUGGACCUGUCGCCACCCAGGGCGGUGAGGCGGCCGGGGCUAGUGAUGUCCCACUCCGGGAAGCGGCUGGACCAGUCGCCGGCGGCGUCGCCGUCGCCGUCGCGGCCGGUGCUGGUGAUGUCCCACUCGAGCAACCGGCUGGACCAGUCGCCGGCGCGGCCGGUGCUGGUGAUGUCCCGCUCCAGCAACCGGCUGGACCAGUCCCCGGCGUCGUCGCCGGCGUCCUCCAGGGGCCCCGUGCUGGUGAUGUCCGGCUCCGGUAACCGCCUGGACAGCUCGGGCCCGUCCCCGUCGCCGUCGCCGACCGCCGCGGCGGCUGCUGCGCCGGUGCUGGUGCUCUCGAACUCCGGCAAGCGGAUGGACCAGGCGGGGCGGAAGAAGUACGUCAAGCAGGUGACCGGCCGGCACAACGACACGGAGCUCCACCUCGCCGCGCAGCGCGGGGACCUUGAAGCUGUGCGCCAGAUCAUCGCUGAAAUCAACGCGCAGAUGACCGGCACCGGGGAGGAGUUCGACAGCGAGGUCGCGGAGAUCCGCGCCGCCGUCGUGAACGAGCCCAACGAGGUGGAGGAGACCGCGCUGCUCAUCGCCGCUGAGAAGGGGUUUCUCGACAUCGUCGUCGAGCUGCUCAAGCACUCCGACAAGGAGAGCCUCACGAGGAAGAACAAGUCCGGAUUCGAUGUUCUACACGUUGCCGCAAAAGAAGGCCACCGAGAUAUUGUGAAGGUACUCCUGGAUCAUGAUCCAUCCCUUGGGAAAACGUUUGGCCAAUCAAAUGUGACACCUCUGAUAACUGCUGCGAUUAGAGGCCACAUUGAGGUAGUGAACCUUCUACUAGAGAGAGUUUCUGGGUUGGUUGAGCUAUCAAAGGGGAAUGGAAAGAACGCCUUGCAUUUUGCUGGCCGUCAGGGGCAUGUUGAAAUUGUUAAGGCUUUGCUGGACGCAGAUCCUCAGCUUGCUCGGAGGACUGAUAAGAAAGGCCAGACUGCUUUGCACAUGGCUGUGAAAGGAACUAGUGCUGCGGUUGUUAGGGCACUAGUGAAUGCUGAUCCAGCUAUUGUCAUGCUGCCUGACAGAAAUGGCAACUUAGCUUUGCAUGUUGCUACCAGGAAAAAAAGAUCAGAGAUUGUAAAUGAGCUUCUCCUUCUUCCAGACAUGAAUGUGAAUGCACUUACUAGGGAUCGCAAGACUGCGUUUGACAUAGCGGAGGGUCUUCCACUUUCGGAGGAAUCUGCAGAGAUAAAGGAUUGUUUGUCUCGUGCUGGUGCAGUCAGAGCAAAUGAUCUAAACCAGCCUCGAGACGAGCUCAGAAAAACAGUGACCGAGAUCAAGAAGGAUGUGCACACACAACUUGAGCAAGCAAGAAAAACCAACAAAAAUGUUUCUGGCAUAGCAAAGGAGCUGAGGAAACUCCACAGGGAAGGCAUCAACAACGCAACCAAUUCUGUCACUGUUGUGGCUGUGCUCUUUGCUACGGUUGCAUUUGCUGCAAUCUUCACUGUGCCAGGUGGUAACGAUAACAACGGCGUGGCAAUAGCUGUGCAUGCCGUAUCCUUCAAGAUCUUCUUCAUCUUCAAUGCCAUUGCCUUGUUCACAUCAUUAGCAGUAGUGGUGGUUCAGAUUACACUUGUUAGGGGAGAGACUAAAGCAGAGAGGCGGGUAGUAGAGAUUAUCAAUAAGUUGAUGUGGCUGGCUUCUGUGUGCACUACAGUGGCGUUCAUAUCAUCCGCUUAUAUUGUAGUUGGGAAGCACUUCCAGUGGGCGGCGCUUCUGGUGACCCUAAUCGGCGGAGUGAUCAUGGCUGGUGUGCUUGGUACAAUGACCUACUAUGUGGUGAGAUCCAAGCGCACACGUUCGAUCAGGAAGAAGGUGAAAUCUACAAGGAGGAGUGGCUCAAACUCAUGGCAGCAAAACUCAGAGUUUUCAGACUCCGAGAUAGACCGGAUAUACGCCAUAUGAAGCUCAUUCUGGUUAGUUGAUCUCUCAGCUUUUUGGCAGCCAUAACACCCGAAUGUAAAAAUGAAAUAGGAUGUUAUAAACAGAAUGACCCUUGAGAUUAUUAUUAGGGGUUAACUGUAUACGUUCCAAUAAGCUGGUGUAAUCUGCCAUUUCCUGUUCUUGAAUCAGCAGGAGCUAGCCGACAGUGCUGUUGUAUACUAGUACUACAGAUAGACUGGUUAUCAGAAUAUGCAGCCUCCGCUGUGCUCCAUGUGCAUUGCCUUCAGCUUCAUAUCUUCUUUUUUGAUACUACAACAAUGAUGAUAGCAGAAUGAUAUGUAUGCUCCUCUGUUCUAUCGUUGGCUAUCCUAAUCAUGUUCUGUA